AUGCCUGGAGGCAGCUUGCAUUGGCCGUUAUGGAAGCCAUACGCGCUUUAUGGGACGGUCGACUAUGUCUACGGCUGGCCUGCAUGGAAUGGACAUGUUGGAUUUACUGCGGCACAGGCAUCAUUAAAUGUGGCUGAAACGGUCAUGUACAUCUACUACCUGGCUGUAGUAUUCAGAAAUGGUGCCCCAGGAGUUUUAAAUUUCAGCGACCUUAAUGGGUUGCUAGUCGGGAAACGUGACCAGGCCAUCGCGGGACCCGGCGUGGCCAAGGCUGUGCUGGUGCUGUUUUCUGCUACGGUCAUGACCCUGAGCAAGACUGUGUUGUACUGGCUUAAUGAAUAUUUCUCGGGAUUUGCCAAUGUUGGCCACAACACACUGCCCGACUUGCUGCUGCUGUGGGUUCUCCCCAAUGGACUUUGGCUUAUAUUUCCGGUCUAUAUGAUCUAUGUUCUUGGGAAAGAGAUGCUUGAAGGAAUGGACGGUAUCGCAUCCGAGAAAGAGGAGUGA